GGCGCCACCGUCGAACUACCCCCGCAGUUCGAUUGGAGACACCGGCCGGCACCGACGGUCGUCGCGACGCUCCGCGACGCGUGUGUGCGUUCGUACGUGCCUCCUUCGUUCGCGUACAGAGAGCUAUAGAGGAGUAAAAAAAGGCGUACGGAGAGGCGUGAGAUCCGCCUGGGAACGGAAGAGCGAGAGGAAGCCGCGUUGUGCGAGAGAUAGCCAACGGGACACGCGUGAUCGGUUGUCGCAUCAUCAUCGGUUUAUCGCGUUGUGACGAGUGUCUCGGACCGGUGGAUCUCGAAUCGCCUGCAGUGCUAGUAGUCGCGAGUAAUUAGUGAUUCAGUUGAAGGAGAGAGAGAAAGAAAGAGAGAGAGUGUGUGUGUCUCGCGUGUGCCGCGAAGUGAUUGACAGGGAUUCGCUGGAGCAUGCGACAGUAAGGACUUAUCGACCCCAGCGACGUGCAUGUUUAUCGCUGGACAAUGGCUGGACUACGCUACGUUUGCCGGCUCUUCGUCAUCCUGGGAUACCUGUCGGUCGUUCCGGUGCUCGCCCAGAACCCCGUGGAGGAGAAGACCACCUUCGAGGCUGCUUUCCAAGGAAGAUGCGGGCACGGAUCGCCCUGCGAGCAGCUCUGCUACGAACUUCACGACGGCAUGUACGAGUGCGACUGCAGGGACGGCUACAUACUACAUAAAAAUGGAUACAGCUGCGCCGAACUCAACUCGACGUCACCAUCGACGAGCGAGCUCGGCGACUUCGUUGACGAGGCCGAGAUCGACGAGGCGAACGUCGCGGACAACGCCGAUGACGAGGAUGCGGUCGAAGACAUCCUUUACAUGCGCGGUGCCACCUUCACGAUACAUCUGGAUGCCCCAGCCGAGAAUUCCACCGUGAACGCGACGAAGAUAAACGAGGCGAACGGCGCGGAUCGGAUCGAGCUGCGCGCCACGUCUCAGGGCCCAAAUCUGGAGCAAAAACUGCCGUCCACGAUGGAGAGCAUUGUGAGCACCGAGCCAGCGUGCUCUUUGGACUGUGGCCCGGCUGGAAAUUGUUAUAUCGAGCAAUCUCGUGGAGAUGAAGUCGAUGUGGUGAUCGAAGGCGACGACGAUGACGACGCAGCCGUGGACCUCGAGGGCAAUACCGUAAACCUCAGACGAAAGCAAGGAACAUUCAGACAGAGAUGUCAGUGUCCUCUCGGAAGAGGUGGAGAUCGUUGUCAGCUCGAGACUGAAGUAAGAUCGCCACGUUUCACUGGUUCAGGCUGGCUGGCUUUUCCCGCCUUAAGAGCCGCUUACAAACAUGUCCAAUUAGAACUGGAAUUUCGGCCAGAAGCAUGGGAUGGGGUGCUUCUCCUUGCAGGAGAACGGGACGAUCUUCAGGGCGACUUUAUGGCUUUGAUAUUGCAUCAUGGCUUUAUCGAAUUCAGGUUCGAUUGUGGCAGCGGUGUUGGCACAGUGAGGAGCACGGAAACGGUGAAGCUGAAUGAGUGGAACACCCUGAGUGUCUACAGACAUCGAUGGGACGCCUGGAUCCAGCUGAAUCAGGAGAAGAGGGUGGAGGGACGAUCAAAGGGCUUGUUCUCGAGAAUUACGUUCCGCGAGCCGCUCUUCGUCGGCGGACCCGGAAACACGACCGGUUUGGAGCGACUUCCGGUGAGGACCGGAUUUAAGGGCUGCAUCCGGCAUUUGGAGGCGAACGAGCACCAUUAUCGCUUCCCAUUGGCCCCGCAGGGCGAUGCCGCGAAUGGAUUCGACAUCGAGGAGUGCACGGCCGACAGGUGCAGUAAGGUGCCGUGUUCCCACGGUGGAAAAUGCCUGACAACCGGAGGCGACACGGCUGUCUGUCUUUGCCCGCUCGGCUACACCGGCGAUCUCUGUGAGACCCGCGUGGAUCUACAGGUUCCAUCCUUCAACGGAUCCUCUUACCUACGUUAUCCGGGAUUGGCGGACACGUCGCUGUCGUGGCUGGAAUUGUCCGUCACGUUAAAACCGACCGCGCCGGACGGCGUGAUACUCUACAAUGGCCAUCACAGCGACGCGACCGGUGACUUUAUUGCUCUCUAUCUCUCCUCGGGCCACGUGCAGUUCACCUUCGACCUCGGAACAGGACCUGCCACUUUGAGAAGCGAAAAUCCAGUUCGUCUUGGCGAAUGGGUCGAAGUUCGGGUCUCCAGGACAGGUCGUUUGGCAUCCUUAGAAGUUGAGGACGGCCCGCCCCAGGAAAUCCUGGCGCCCGGAGCGUUCACGCAAUUAUCCUUACCGCUGAACCUCUAUUUGGGCGGCGCGCCGUCCUCCGACAUGUACUCGCCGAAGAUGAAAACUACGGCCAGUUUCGUCGGCUGCAUUCAGACGAUCGUGCUGAAUAAUCGCGAGAUGGGGAUUCUAGCGGAGGCGCUAGGCGGAGUGAACGUAGGAAAUUGUGGGCACGCGUGCGAGGCCAGACCGUGCGGCGAUGCGGAAUGCCGGCCUCUUCGCGAGCGUUUUACCUGCCGGUGCCGUCCAGGGGUGCCGCACCCUUGUCCCGCACCGGACGACUAUAUGCCGUUGGUCCCGCCACCGGCGAAAGCCAGCAACAAUGCCGCUACGUCCGUGAGAUAUGAGAGAGCUGUGCCCAGUUUCACAGGCAGCGAGAGCUAUCUACAUUAUAACGACGCCGACACGAUGAAAAGGAUAAUUAGCUAUAGGAUAGACAUCAAUAUGAGAUUCCGCGCCAGCAGCAGCAGCGGCCUGUUGCUGUGGAGCGGUCGCCAGUCGGAUCCUCAGGAACAAAGGGACGAGAACGACGAUUUCCUCGCCCUCGGCCUGGAUCACGGUUAUCUCACUCUCGCGUAUAAUUUGGGUUCCGGGGAAGCCGUGCUACGAUAUAAUCUCACGCGAUUGGAUGACGAUCUGUGGCAUCGUAUCAGAGCCGUUAGAAACGAGCAAUGGGCAUCUCUCGUGGUAGAUAGUGGUACCGGUGUCUCAGCAUCUUCUCCGGGGCAAUUGAGACAACUGAACACCGAUACCGGUCUUUAUAUUGGUGGUGCACCGGAUAUCGUGAGGACAACGGGGGGUAGGUACAGGAAGGGCAUCGUGGGUUGUAUUAGCGACCUCGUGCUGGACUCGGACUUCUCCGUCGCUUUGUCCUCGCCGGCACAGGCGACCAACACACACUCAUGCAUCCCCUGAAAGAGAGAUAUCCGUGCCGUCCGACGUCAGGUGGUGUCGGGUCCAUCCCGAAGCUAGGAUAUGAAAAUUUAAGGAUAACGUAUCACACCGCGGUGAGACAGCCGCGGCGAAAUAGUGCUCCGCAAAAGUGCAUCUGUGUCUCUCGUGCAUCCACGUACGGCCGCGUGUAAUAUCCUACAUGCGGCUCAUCAUUUUUGUACAGACUCAUCCUUCCACAGGUGGAACUCUCGAGAAGAUGAAGAUCGAGUGGCAACCUCGGCACACUCGGUCGUGCGCGGCCAUCGACUGGUAGGCGGCUUUACUGUAAAUAUUAGGGCGAUCCGAGAUACUAUAUAUACGGAGAUAUCUAUCACUCUGCCACGCGGCAUUGAUCCCUGGUGUUGCGACUUCCUGUUUCCUGUCCGAGUCUUACCCCGGGCGUACAAUUAGAAAAUAAGGUACGAUGGAAAGCGACGCAUAAACGAGACAACGAUAGUAAUUUCUCAACAAAGUUGAGGCAUUGCGAAAAAAAAAAAACUGCUAUCACGAAAUUCGCUUCCUCGUACAGUCAUUAAAUGACUACAACCGUUUGUCAUUGAAAGUUCAUUAUAUUAUCUUAUUUGCCCGCAAGUUACAAUUACUCCACUUGAUCGUGCUUCUCGAGAACUGAGAUUAUUAGGAAAAAUUUGUUUUUAACACACACACAACUGUUUACAUGAUUUAUAAAAUUCGUCUCGACACAAAGGAGGUGUGUAAUGAAAAAUAUAUAACUAAGAAAUAUUAAAUAUAGUGGAAAUAUCAAAGUAACAUAUCUGUUUUUUCACAUAAAUUGCUCUGCUAAUAAGAAUUGGGAGAAAGUUAAUAAAAUCGUGAAUGACAAGAUAAUAUUUUGAUGUACAAUUAAACUAAACAAGUACGACAGCUUUUCUACUUCCAUUCUUCGUAAGUAAUUACCAUUAAGUAAUUCAUUAAGAUAAAGAGAUAAAAAUUCUCGCUCCACAGUCGUUGAAGGUACUUUUCAACUUGUUUCUCUCUAAUUAAAAUUUAAAUACUAGAGAUGAGAUUAAUAAAAUUCUAACGGGAGAGUGCAGAACAAACGUAAAUUACACACACAAAAAAAAAGAAA